CAAACAAGUACAGAAUCAUAUUUUUGUUUUGAAAGAAAACGAAAAUGCAUUACCAGAUGACAGAGACAUGGAGUGGUGGUUACUACGAAGCAGAGCCAUUAGAGAGAGUGGUGAGAUUGGCAUCAGAAAGUGCAGUGGUUAUAUUCAGUAUAAGUAGCUGUUGCAUGUGCCAUGCAGUUAAGAGGCUGUUCUGUGGGAUGGGGGUUAAUCCAACAGUGUACGAGAUUGAUGAAGACCCAAGAGGAAAAGAGAUAGAAAGAGCUUUAAUGAGGUUGCUUGGGAAUUUCUCGUAUUCUUCAAGUGCAGUUCCUGUUGUUUUUAUUGGAGGGAAACUCGUUGGUGCCAUUGAUAGAGUUAUGGCUUCUCAUAUUAAUGGAACUCUUGUUCCUCUUCUUAAGGAAGCUGGUGCUCUUUGGCUUUGAUUUUUAUGAGUUUAUUGUUUUUCUCUAACAUAGGAAAAUUAAGAGAAGUAAGUCAUCAGUUUGUUUUUAAUCAUAAUAUAAAUCUAACUUCUCCA